CCGGCCCGGCCCGGCCCGGCGGCACCAUGGCCAGCGUCAGCUUCAGCGGCCACCGCCUGGCCCUGCUGGCGGCCUACCAGGAGGUCAUCCGGGAGGAGAGUCCCGCAGACUGGGCUCUGUACACAUAUGAGGAUGAUUCCGAUGACCUCAAGCUAGCAGCCUCAGGAGGAGGGGGCUUGCAGGAGCUGUCAGGACACUUCGAGAACCAGAAGGUGAUGUACGGCUUCUGCAGUGUCAAGGACUCCCAGGCGGCGCUGCCAAAAUACGUCCUCAUCAACUGGGUCGGCGAGGACGUGCCCGACGCCCGCAAGUGUGCUUGUGCCAGCCACGUAGCCAAGGUGGCAGAGUUCUUCCAGGGCGUGGAUGUGAUCGUCAACGCCAGCAGCGUGGAAGACAUCGACGCCGGUGCCAUCGGUCAGCGGCUGUCCAACGGGCUGGCCCGCCUGUCCAGCCCCGUGCUGCACCGCUUACGGCUGCGGGAGGACGAGAACACGGAGCCAGUGGGCACUACCUAUCAGAAGACGGAUGCAGCCCUGGAGAUGAAGCGGAUCAACCGGGAGCAGUUCUGGGAGCAGGCCAAGAAGGAGGAGGAGCUGAGGAAGGAGGAGGAGAGGAAGAAGGCCCUAGACGAGAGGCUGAAGUUCGAGCAGGAGCGGAUGGAGCAGGAGCGGCAGGAGCAGGAGGAGCGCGAGAAGCGGUACCAGGAGCGGGAACAGCAGAUCGAUGAGCACAGGCGGAAACAGCAGAGUUUAGAAGCCGAAGAAGCCAAGCAGAGAUUGAAGGAACAGUCCAUUUUUGGUGAGCAGCGGGAGGAGGAAGAGGAGACGCAGCUCAAGAAGUCCGAGUCAGAAGUGGAGGAGGCAGCGGCCAUCAUCGCCCAGCGACCAGACAAUCCCCGCGAGUUCUUCAAGCAGCAGGAGAGAGUGGCCUCGGCCGGCAGCUGCGAUGCGCCCUCCCCCUUCAACCACCGGACAGCAGGUCGUCCGCACUGUCCUUUCAUGAAGGCACCCGACAGCGGGCCGUCUUCCUCCUCCUCCUCUUCCUCGUCCCCUCCGCGGACUCCCUUCCCCUAUGUCUCCUGUCACCGCACCCCAAAUCUCUCUUCCUCUUUCCCAUGCGGCCAGGUGGACGGACACAGGAAGCCGCCCUCCUCCGCAGCCCGCAGCCCCUCGGCCUCCAGCGCGGCCUCCACGCCCGUCGGGGAGCCGAUGGAGAGGCCGCUGGAGGAGACGACGAGCCAGACGUUUCCCAGGGCUGCAGAAUCCCCCAGCGCGAGCGAUGAGGUGCCAGAGGCAGCAGAAGUGACUGAGGGGCAGCACUGGCCCUUCCCCGCCCAAGACCCCCAGGGGACAAAGCCAGAGGAGCCGCCGGGCUUGGCCAGUGGCCCCGAAGAGGGGCUGGUAUCCAUGGAGACCAAAGAUGAGGCCGAGCCCGUCCCUGCACCCCCGGUGCCCCCUGCCCCCCAGGAGGAGAGCUCCAUGGAGCUGGGGGAGCCGGCGGAGACCCCCGAGACCACCGCCCCCGAGAGUCUCAUCGACCUGUGGCAGAGUGAGAGGGCCCAGUCCCCGGCCGAAUGGGAGCUGCAGGCCGACAUGCGGGCCCCCACCCCGCCCCCCGGCCCCGAGGCCAUGUUGGUGGAGGCCUUCUCCCCGCCCCCCGAAGCGCCCCCCGUCAUCCUCGCCGGGGCAGCGGCUGAGCCUCCCCCUCCGGCCAGCGCCCCGCUGGAAGAUGGCAGCGGCGGGGGCGGAGGCGGCAGUAACCUUCUGAACUUUGACGAGCUCCCCGAGCCGCCCGCCACCUUCUGCGACCCCGAGGAGCCCGGCGAGGAGCUCGGCGAGGAGCCCGGCCAGGAGCCCGGCGAGGAGCUCGGGGAGGAGCCCGCCGCUCUGACCGCCUCGGAGGGCUCUCAGCCCGCGGCCCUCGGCUACCAGCCGACCCCACAGGAGGCCCCCGAGGACCACCCGCCGCCCUCGGACCUGGAGGAGCUGGAGCAGGAAUCCCACCUGCUGACCAAUGGCGAGACCGCCCAGAAGGAAGGCACUCAGGCCAGCGAGGGGUAUUUCAGCCAGUCGCAAGACGAGGAGUUUGCCCAGUCGGAAGAACUGUCUGCUAAAACUCCGCCGCCUGUGUUUUACAACAAGCCUCCAGAGAUCGAUGUCACCUGCUGGGACACAGACCCGGUGCCUGAGGACGAGGAGGGCUUCGGGGGCAACGUCUAACACCCCCCCCCAACCCCUCCUCCCCCCUCCGCGACCCCUCCCCCCUCCAGGCAGACACCACGCGAAGGCCGGCCGGCCCCCUCGCGCCUGCACCCACAGUAUUGCUGCCCCACGGUCAUUCUGGACUCUGCCGGUCGUCGUGCUGGGGCAGGGGCACCCCCUUCCUCUCUGGGGGGGCCGAGGGGGCGGGCCGGACUUUUACAGCUUUUUUUCUUUUUUUUAAAGUUGAUAGGAGAAGUGUACAUUUGACUGGUUUUCCUCUCUGUCGGUAGUGAGACGCAGUUCCGCAUCCCCCUCCCACCCUGGGGUUGAGGUUGUAUAUUUCUGUCCUCCUCCCGCCUCAGCUCUCUCCGGCAGGAGAGGAGGGGCAGGCCCAGGCUCCCGGUGACGGCCAUCUGGUUCCCCACAGGGGUUUCUGGGCUCCGGUGGGAAAAAGGGUCCCUUCUUCCCUCCUUUCUUCCCCUUCCCUCCUCCGCCCCCCCACCCCACCCCUUUCCUACUUUUCUGUUUGUUUCUUGAAAACACCACUUUGUAUUCUCUGUCUAGGGCUUCGGAUAUUUUGCACGAAUUUGAAAAUAUGGCAAUAAAUGGCUCUGUGGGCUCUGGUUCCCUGGGCUCCCCCUCCCUGUCCUGCCCCACGCCCCCCUCCCUGUCCUGACACAUCUGAGCCACGAGGAGCCAGCAGAGGUGGGGUGGAGGGAGGCUGCGGGGUGAAGGGGCACAGGGCAGUGGGAGGUGAAGGAGCUUCUGCCCCCGCCCCGACGGGGACUCUAUCGCCUGCCCUCCGGCCCCAGCGUCCAGCCCGAACCACUUUCCGAUGCCCCCCACCCCCCGACCCCACCCCCCGAAAGCCCUUAGCUCCUCCCACUGGGCAGGUCCCAGAGCGGAGGCUCCAGCCCCUGGCCCCCGGGCAAGGUGCAGGUGGCCCCCGGGGCAAGGUGCGGGUGCCCUCUGGGCGAGAUGCGGGUGGCCCCCGGGGCAAGGUGUGGGUGACCCCCGGGGCAAGGUGCGGGUGCCCUCCGGGCAAAGUGCGGGUGCCUUCCGGGCAAGGUGUGGGUGGCCCUGUGGGCAAGGUGUGAGUGGUCCCCGCUGGGCUGCUUGUGGGAAGGCCUCUGUUGGAGCCAAUGCCCUGCCCCUCCCACCCCCCAACACCCCUUUGCUUAGUUUCCUUUUUCAAGUUCAGUAACUGUUUUUUGGAAAGCACAAACUUCUGUAAUGGCGCGUGCUCAUGUCUGUUAAUAAAGAAAUCCAGACCCAG